CUGGCUUGCAAUUCGUCAAUACCGUUACCGUUCAACGGUUACUGUCACUUCGAUCCUCUUAUUCAUAGAAACUUGGUUAAUAGGCAUACUGUACGUGAUUUUUGUACAGUACAAAAGAAACUGAAAAACACAACAAACCAACACGAUAGAUAAUGGAAGAGAGAAAAGAAAUAACCAAUGAAAAUCAGGCACAGGGAGAAGGCAUUAAUGUAGGAGGGAGAACUGAAGCAGGGUAUCCGAUACAAGAAGAAGGAAUAGGCCUGAAUAGAGUAAUGAGCAGUAGAUGCACAUAUGCCGUUGAAGAAGUGAAAUAUGGAAUGCACAAAAUCAUGUUAGAAACAGACGUCACUCGUGAAUUGAUUGGAGGCAUUACCGGUAGUCACAGAACGAACGAAUACAACAUUGUAGGACUAUUUUACACAGAUCCCUGCACAUAUCCCGUGCAAGAAGAAGGUGAUUCAAGGUAUGAGAGUGAGUGUCAAGAAGUAGAAGAUCAAGUAAAAGGGACGGUUAUUUUUGUCGACGAUCGCUUAAGUAUUGAGGAAUCGCAGUCAUAGAAACAAAUAACGCAUUCUAGCUCAGUAUUUAAAUAUUAAUAUCGCUUCAUGCGAUUGCUUUAAAAGGCUUUAUACCCGGAAUAAUACUACUAAUACUAAUACUAAAGUAAAAUUAACUGUUAUGGCUUACUGUUUUUUUCUUUAUCUGCGUAAUUUUAACUUGUAUAUCGGUGCGUGUAAAAAUUACAGAGCACUCACCCUCCCCCUCCCAAUCACCCCACCCCACUAGUAAUAUUCAAAGUAAGAAGUAGUUAAACAUUACCUCAUAUUACCUUUUUUUUGGGCAACCCCCAAAAAGAAAACAAAAAGCAAAUACAAUGUGCUCUAGUGUAGUCGAAUAUAACCUCAUCACUUGGUACUUUUCGUGCUAGUAC